AUGUUUUUACAAGAACGUUUAUUUGAUCUUGUGCAUGUCAAAGAUACAACUUCAUUGAAUUUAAAAAAGGAUCUUUGUGCGGUUCUUUCUCACUAUAAUCUUGAUGUUCACAAUCUCCGAGGUCAAGGUUAUGAUGGUGCUAGCAAUAUGCGUGGUGAAUGGAAUGAUCUUGAUGAACUUGAAACCGGCCAAGGAGCUAAUCAGAUUGUUCUUAACAACCUCAUUGAAGAUGGAUGUAAUUACAAGAUCCGGGGAGAUGCUGAUAAUGCUUUUAAUACUCUUAGAUCAUUGCAGUUUGUGUUUAUUUUGCAUUUGAUAAAAGAUAUCAUGGGAAUAACUAAUAUCCUUUGUCAAGCUUUGCAACAAAAAGAUCAAGACAUCGAGUUGAAUAACAGAUUUAGUGAAAAGGCAAUGAAACUUGUUACUCUCAGCUUAGCUUUGGAUCCUAGAGAUGGUUACAAGUUCUUUAACGUUGAAGACAUUUGCCUGUUUGUAGAUGAAUUUUAUCCUCAAGAUUUCACGGACCAAGAGAGGAUUAUGUUGACAUUCCAAUUGCAACAUUAUGAGGUUAAAAUGCCUGUUCAUUCAUAUUUGAAAAAUAUGUCAAUGAUUUCUGAAUUAUGCAGAGGAUUAGUGGAAACAAACAAGUCAAAAAUCUACUUUUUGAUUGAUAGGUUGAUUCAUCUUGUUUUGACUCUUCCCGUUUCCACGGCAACUACAAAAAGGGCAUUUUCAACUAUGAAACUUGUCAAAACACAACUGCGCAACAGGAUAGAUGAUGAGUUUCUUGCAGAUUACUUGAGUGUCAGUAUUAAAAAAGAAAUUGCUUAG